AUGCGAGACACAGUCCAGCCGACGACCCUGACUCUUCUCGUUCGCGCACGUCGCCAACAUCAAGGCUGGUUCGGUGACAACGACACCGUCAUCAGCAAUCUACACGUUGAGAAGAACUGUCUGCACAAAACCUACUUUACUCGUCCCACCGAUGACAACAAUGCAGCCUUCUACCUUAGCCGUCGCCUUGCGCAACAGCGGCUGCGCGAGAUGCAGGAUGCUUGGAUGGCUCGUAGGGCUGAGGAGAUGCAAGGGUACGCGGAUCUCAAUGAAUGGAAGAUUUUUUUCUCUGCAAUCAAAGCCGUCUACGGUCCGCCAACUGAGGCAACUGAACCUCUUCUUGGCGCCGACGACAGUAUUCUAUUCACUAAGAAGACACUGUUUCUACGGCAGUGGGUCAAACAAUUCAGAGGCAUCCUUAACCUCGUUGGGUUCGAAUCGCACCGGGGGGGGGGCUGAGUUUUUCACCGUUGUGUCACUAUCAAAUAUGUUACUGGCAAUAUUUUAGUAGAAUGUGCAUUUAAGUUUACUAUUGCAUGUACGGUUUUCAACAGGGUCUUCAAGGGCAUUGCUUACUUUAUACGAAUUCAGAGACGUCUUCAACAAUCUCUCCGCCGUCUCCAACGCCGCCAUCGCCCAUCUGCCUCAGGUGGACACCAACAUCGACCUCGAUCUCCUGCCCUCUCUCUACGAAACCAUCAGGCUUUACAACAACUCUCUAGCAAGAAAGCGUCCGGAUCACAAGCGAUCCCAUCCGAGAUUUACAAGCACAUUGGCCCCCAGCUCAUGGAUCAUCUGA